ACUAACCAAAGUCCAAUUUGCCAACUGUCUAAGAAAACCUAGAAAAAAAUAUCAAACGUUGCUUAACCCACCUUUAUUCCUUUAUCAAAUUAAAAAAAAAAAAAAACAAAUCUUUCUUCCACUACAAAAACAAACCCGCCCCUUUUCUUCUUCUUCUUCUUAUAGAUCUAGGUUUUCUUUUUUAUAUUUUUCUUAUUUGGGCUAUAAACCCCCUUUUUUCUUCAUAUUUUUCUCUUUUUACCCUUUGGGUCACCCUCAAAAUUCAAUUUUUACCUCUCUAAGAAUUUGAAUUUCGAAUUUUUAAUCCUUUUCUUGGUUAAUUUGAUCACUUUUGGUCCUUAUAUUGUUCUAUCAGAACAAGAUUCUUGAUUCUGUGCUGUUUAAUAAAUGGGGGUUUCCAAUUUGCCACCGCCCAAGCAAUAUGGGGUGACAAAACCUUUGUCUUUAGCAGGGCCUAUGGAGGCUGAUAUUCAACGUACUAAAGAGUUGGAAAAGUUCUUGGUUGGUGCUGGAUUAUAUGAAAGUGCUGAGGAGGCUGCUAAGAGAGAAGAAGUUCUUUGCCAGCUAAAGCAGAUUGUGAAGGACUGGGUGAAAGAUCUUACUCGACUGAGAGGGUAUAGCAAUCAGAUGGUCGAGGAUGCAAAUGCUGUCAUUUUAACCUUUGGUUCUUAUCGACUUGGGGUGCAUGGUCCUGGAGCUGACAUAGACACCUUAUGUGUUGGACCAUCCUACGUGAAUCGAGAGGAGGACUUCUUUUUGGUAUUGCAUAAUAUUUUAGCGGAGAGGGAAGAAGUUACUGAACUACAACCAGUUCCAGAUGCACAUGUCCCUGUUAUGAAGUUUAAGUUUGAUGGGAUCUCAAUUGAUCUUCUCUAUGCAAGCAUUUCUCUUUUGGUUGUACCACAUGAUUUGGACAUUUCCAGUGAAUCCAUGUUAUGCAACGUUGAUGAGCCAACUGUAAGGAGCCUUAAUGGCUGCAGGGUGGCAGAUAAAAUCCUUAAACAUGUUCCAAAUAUUGAGUUUUUCCGGACCACUCUUCGAUGUUUAAAGUUUUGGGCUAAACAGCGUGGUGUUUAUUCAAAUGUGACUGGAUUUCUUGGUGGAGUGAACUGGGCUCUUCUGGUUGCUCGGGUUUGCCAACUCUAUCCAAAUGCUGUUCCGAGUAUGCUGGUUUCUCGUUUUUUCCGUGUAUAUACACAAUGGCGCUGGCCAAAUCCUGUGAUGCUUUGUCAAAUAGAGGAUAAAGAAUUAGGAUUUUCUGUCUGGGAUCCACGUAAAAACCCUUGGGACCGUACACAUCAAAUGCCAAUUAUUACACCUGCCUAUCCUUGCAUGAACUCUAGCUACAAUGUGUCUGCAAGUACUCUUCGAGUUAUGACCGAACAAUUUGAAUUCGGGAAUAACAUAUGUCAGGAAAUUGAGCUGAAUAAAGCCCAGUGGACUGCAUUAUUUGAGAAGUAUCCUUUCUUUGAAAGCUACAAGAACUAUUUGCAAGUUGACAUCGUUGCAGCUGAUGCUGAUGACUUGCUUGUGUGGAGAGGCUGGGUCGAAUCCCGGCUAAGACAGCUUACUUUGAUGAUUGAGCGGGACACAUUUGGUAAACUGCAGUGCCAUCCUUAUCCCCAUGAGUGUGUGGACCAGUCCAAACAAUGUGCACAUCGUGCCUUCUUCAUGGGUUUGCAGAGGGGACGGGGAGAGUUAGUUCAAGAUGGCCAGCAAUUUGAUAUUCGUGGGACAGUUGAUGAAUUUAGACACCAAGUAAAUAUGUAUAUGUAUUGGAAACCAGGAAUGGAAAUGUUUGUGUCCCAUGUUCGUAGAAAGCAGAUUCCCUCUUAUGUUCUACCAGAUGGUUAUAAACGAAACCAAACACCAAGGCCAAUGAGUGGGCAGCUGGCAGAGAAACCUUCCUCUACUAUAUGCAGAUCAAGUUCCGGAGAAAGAGGUUUGAAAAGGAAAAAAGAGCUUGAAGGUGCAGAAGAGAAUCAACAGAACCGGGACAAAAGGCCAUCAAUUAGUCCUCCAAGAAGGGAUUCAUCUUCACCUGAACUAAUUGUUGGUCAGAAAAGUGGCAUGUUGUUACAACAGCGUUCCGCGACAGUUUCUGGAGGGAAUAGAAAAAGUGAAGAAAUUUCAAAUAAUUUUACAAAUGAUAAGGUGCAGUUUGCUGUUCUGGACAAAGGUGCCCAUGUUGAAUCAACUAAGUCACGAGGAGCACAAUUUGAGGAAAGUGCUGUUGGAUCCGUCUACCGUCCUAGUGGUGUCGCAAACCUUGUUGAAGCUGGUACCUUUGGCGAUCCAGUGCAUGAAUUGCUCCAACUCAGCCACGAUGGCCGUGCUGUGGACAGUACUGGUUGCAACUCUAUCUGUUCUUCUCAGGGUGAUCUAUACACCGCGGAUUCCAAGUCACUAUUGAAUAAUGUAUGUGAAAAUGGUUCCAGAUAUUUUGAAGAUGCGUUGCUGGAGUUAGAGCCAAAAGCUGCACGUGGAGUGUUAACAUCUCUGGAUAGCGUUGGAUCGGAAUCUGUACAGAAAUCCUCUAUAAGGGUUAGCGUUACGUCAACAGCUUGAAAGAAGUAGAGUCGCAUCCUUGAGGGAUGAAAAGCCAGCUCAACACGGUAAGUAUAACGUUGCUUGCUAGCUGUCAUUUCGCUCUGUUUUUCUUUUCCAGGCAGCUAGUAAGUCCGACAUUGGGAGAGAGUCCUGAUAUUCCGGCGAAGAGUUCAGUCGUGUGGACUCAUGUACAGCUCAGUUUAUGUGAAAAUACGAGGGACGCUAUUGAAGAAGAUUGUUCUUCAUGCAUCAGUUCAGUAGAUCUCUUUUUUCAAAAAAAAAAUAAAAAAAUAUAUAUAUAAAAAAAUGGGGGGAAUUAACAAGUAGAAGACGAUGCUAAGGUUGAGUGGGUCAAUGGAAAUGUUAGGUAUACUGGGUUUAUGUGAAAGGUUGAUUUCACAGUACAUUUGUUCCUUUUUAAUUGUAUUUGUAACCCGACGACAGUUAUUGACCAACAUAUUUCAGUUUGCAUCUUUGUCAA